AUGACGGAUUCAGGCAUGAACGCAGGCUGCCGUGUCGCCGUGUAUGUGCUGAAACGAUUAUUGAAGUGUGGACGGCCCCGCAGCAGUGGGCCGCACUCAACGCUGGGACCACAGACUGCAGGCGGCGGCUCGCAGCUGGUGGCGGCGCGCGGCGCGGCCUUCGCUCGUGUCCCGACACGCCUAGCGGCCGCGGCCGCCGCGCUGCCGCGGAGUGGGACGAGUGACCGUGGGGGCGGGGGAGGAGGGGGGGGCGCAACGCCGAGCGUGGCCGACCGCCGCCGAGGCGGGCCGAGCGGCGGCGGCGGCGCGGGGCCGCGGCGGGCCGGUCAGAGCUGGCUGGUCGGGCUGGCGCGCUGCACGACAAGGCGCGCCGCUCUGGCUCGCGACGACUCGGGCGCGACGCUGCUGCCGGCGGGGGCGGAGCCGACGCUGUGGCUGCCGCCUCUGCUGCUGCUGCUGCUGCUGCUGGCCGCCGCGCCCGCCUCCGCGGCGGCGGCGCGCUGCGGGGGCGGCGGCGGCGGCCCGGGGGCGGCCGCGGCGGCCGAGCUGGGGGCGCGCGCGCGCGACGCCUCCGUCGUCGCCGAGGCCACCCUCGUAUCGUCCGGCCCCGUCGCCGACGACGGGCGCUACAACGCGACGCUCAAAGUGACGGCGGCGCUCAAGGGCGACGCCGCCUCGGUGCGGCAGCUCCACCUGCGCGUGCCGCUGUGCGCCGGCGGCGGCGGGGGGCGGGCGCCGCGACGCCGCUCCAAGUUCCUCGUGUUCGGCGAGCCGGUGGGCGCCGGCGUCGGGCUGCGACUCGUCGGCGACCCCGUCGCGCUCAACAGGAGGAACCGCGCCGCCUUCGUCAAGGCCGUCAAGGACGCCGUCUGCGCCGCUGACGGUGAGUAA